AUGCUAGGUAUCGGCCCCACUUGCUACGGGUGCAUUGACAACGAAGAGGAUUUGGCCCUUGUUUUCCAGGGCGUUUUUGAUGGAAAUUUGAGAUGCAUCGAACGAAGGCCAUAUGAAGCAGAAAAAGCUAAAUUGGUUGGCUCAGGAAACAUUUUUGUUUUCAAUGAAGAAAGAUCCGGCAUCAAGAGAUGGACCGAUGGGUUUUCUUGGUCUCCUUCGAGAAUUUCAGGCAAGUUCCUCGUAUAUAGAGAGUAUAACAAACUUGGUUCCACGCAAGAUCCCUCACUGCAUACUGUCCUCGAUUAUAACAUCUUCGAGAGGUCUCAUCAGAAAUACGUUUACACUGGGUUACUAAAAAAAACAUUCUCUUUGAAGUACUGCAUAGAUCCCACCGACGGCAGCAAGCUGGAAACAUUUCACCUUGUUGCCUAUUAUAAGGAACAGGACAUUCACCAAGGAAGUUUGAAAAGACCUUCGGAAAAUCCUUUCUUUAAUAAAUUCCAACCUUCACAAAAACUUACAGACGCUUUGAAAAAAGUAGCUGUGGGGAAUGGCAGAUCCAAUCCUACUAGAAGUAGUGAAAGAGACAGGGCCAAAUUACAAAACACGGGAAUGCGUCGGUCAUUGUCAUCCUCGUCGACCUAUAAUGAUUUUGUAAAAAACAAUGCCAUUCCUCCACGAAAUAUUCCGACUAGAAUGCCUUUUUUUGAUGGCAGAGGUAAAAUUCAGACACCUUCCAGCUUCAGAAACAUCACCGAAGACCAGCACCAACGACAGCGGGAAUACGCAUUCCCAAUGGAGAAACAGAACCAGCUACCUAUUCCGUACGCACAGCACCCGCCGCAACCACUAGGCAUCUAUAGUGCUCGUUACCAACCUGGACUGAGACGCACGGUUUCACAGCCUGUGAUCUUUUGUAGUAAUUUUAACCCACCACAACAACAACAACCCAUUGUAACAUCUUGCGAAGGAAGGGGUGUGACGCCUCUUUCACUGGUGUAUUCUUCUAAAAAAUUUCAUGCAAUACCAUACCAAAACUUGGACCCGUAUUACUCAAGAUCGGGCCCUGAAUGCAUUAGUCCUCCAGCUCCUAUCCCUUCAAACAUGAUGCCACCUGUGCAUUCCAUAUUGGUGCAUGAUUAUUCACAACAAAAGAUAAUCACGAGUUCCAAUGUCGCUCAGCCUCCCCAUUCGACAACAGCCACAUCUACCGCCACCAAGAACUCGGAUGGAAUAUAUAUUUUACCAGCGCCUCGUAUGAAUGUCCCACCUCCAGCACAAUACCCAAUGACUCUUGCACGAAACAAAACGCACAAUUCACCGCCAUUUAGUAAAGACAGUGCUUCGACCGAUCAGGACUACCAUCCUCGCUACUCCAAAUAG